CCCGGGGUGGCGGCGGCGGCUCCCGGCCGGCGGAACCGCCGCCUUCCUUCCCCCAGCAGGUGGCACCGGGGUCCCGGCGCCGGCGGCGAAGCCAUUGCGGGCCGCCCUUCGCCGCCGGGCCGCGGCCGCGCAGCCGGCGGGGGGGAAGGCGGCGGCAUCGCCCCCGCGGGGCUCCCCCCGCCGCACCCCGCUUUCCCUCAAAGUUCGGGGCGGGAGCGGGGGGGAGAGCGGAGCCAACUUGUCCCGGAUCCCUUUAUUCGCCGCCGGAGCCGCCGUGUCUCCCAACCCCCGCGUGUGUUGCUGAUCGGAGGGACGGAGCUCGGUCCUGUGUCCGCCCCGCUCCUUCCUGCCCGCACCAUGGAGUUCGCCCAGAGGAAGAGGAGCAGGAAAUCCCAAAGCUUUAAACUGGUCAACGAAGAUUACCAUCAUGAGAUAUAUAAGAUCUCUGACUACAGCAAUGAUGUUAAUGGGGAGACCAAAGAAACACAACCAGUUUUUUUAGGACCUCUCCUGAGUAAAGCACCUGUUGGCAAAAGUUUGGCAGGCCAAAUUCAUAGAGGAGAUGAAAGCCGGGAAAUUAAAAAACAAAUUACAGGGAUGAGAAGAUUACUGAAUGACAGCACUGGAAGAAUCUAUCAACGAGUUGGCAAAGAAGGAGAAAAACUGAAGGAGGAGCCCCAAGAUUUAGACUUAGCCUGGGCCCAGCGCCUGAAUCCCCCUGCAGAGUCCCAGGCGAGCCUUCAUCCUUCCCAGAGCAGUGCAUGGAAUGAAUUAUCACCCCAAGCCAGCCAUUUUUCAGGGCAAUACGGAACUCGAUCCAAAACGUUCCAAAAUCAGACUCGAACUGUGGCAUCCAAUGGAGAAAUCCCAAUGGUGAAUUCAUCAGUUGGACCAAACUGCUGUACAUGUAAUUGCCAGUCAACCCUGCAAGCGAUUCUUCAAGAGCUCAAGACCAUGCGAAAAUUGAUGCAGAUUCAAACAGUUGGGACUCAAAACAGACAGCAGCCUCCUGUUCCUCUGAUUUGUGCACAAAAGUCAACAAUAUCAAGAAAGAGAAAUAAAAAGAGAAAACUGCCCCUCAAAACUAUUGAACCAGUUGCAAUGAGUAAGAAACCCAGCGCUGCAGAGAAUGAAAAGAAGCUUUCAGCAAACUCAGAACGACUGAGUCUGCAAGCGAUUGAACCCGCCCCAAAACCAGAAGGCCCCGUUUCAGGAUUUGGAAUUAUCCUUGAAUCGGCUUCAUCAGAUCCAGAAGUGCAACUUGCAGAAGGCUUUGAUGUCUUCAUGCCAAAAUCUCAGCUGGACUCUAUACUAUCAAACUACACUCGCUCAGGAAGUCUGCUCUUUAGGAAGCUGGUCUGUGCAUUUUUUGAUGACAAGACUUUGGCUAACUCUUUACCAAAUGGCAAAAGGAAAAGAGGGCUCAAUGACAACCGGAAAGGACUAGACCAAAAUAUUGUGGGUGCAAUAAAAGUCUUUACAGAAAAAUACUGCACUGCUAACCAUGUGGAUAAACUUCCUGGUCCUAGGGACUGGGUCCAGAUUCUUCAGGAUCAAAUUAAACUGGCAAGAAGACGAUUAAAAAGAGGCUCAGCAGAGGCAACUGACUGUGAUGAGAAGCCGGACAUUUCUCUACUACAAACAGGGAGGGAAGCAAUUCCGCUGCGAGAGGACCCUCAUAAAGGUUGCUAAUGCGACGCAGUGUUAUCUUUUCAUCGCUCUGUCCUGCCUAUGGCACUGGUGGCAUGAAGACGAAGAUCUGGAUAUAUGUGGAACAGAGAUGCUGAAAUGCCUCAAUCAACACAGUUUUGGAUCACACCCUCUGGCUGAGACUUCAUUUGGGACACCUCAGUGAGAGGUGUGGUUGCUCUCAGCUCUCUUCAUUAUUGGUGGGAAGAGGACUGCUUCCAAAGGGAGGGGAGGGUCAGCUCCAGUUGCAUUUGGAGGUGUCUCUCCUUUGGUGCCAGCAGGACCGGGCUCUGAGCGCAGUUCGCUGGUGCAGGUGCACACAGCCUGGUUUGAACCAGCUCCCUCUGAGCCCACAAUUAGCAAAGUCCUGGGCUCUGAGGAGAUCAGGGGGUGUUUUGUUUUCAGAACUCUCUUUUGGAACUCAAAAGCCUGGUAAAAAAUGGAGAUGGUAUAUCCUCAUAAAACCGAGGAAGACACUUUUUCCCAAUUAUAUUUUAGCACUUCAGAGCAGAAAUGAUGCUCGCAUUGUAAAAUCACCCUCCACACUAAGAGGGCCUUGGCUUUAAAGGCUGUUGAUUGAAGGAUGUUUAAAGUAAAUUGCAAAAACUGUGGCAGUUAAACUUGCUGAGAACUUCGGUCCUUUGACAAAUAAAUCUCAAGAAAAUACUGGAAAAAUUUUCUGUAACAAAUGUUAUCAAAGCUCAGGUCUUGCAGAGUUCCAGCUUUUGCACCUACCAAAAGCUGAAGGCUGCAUCCAGACCUGAGCUGAGACAGAACAGACAACUCCAGGGGUAAUUAUUGCAGGCUAAAUGGGAAGAGUGAGUAGUUUCCUGGUGAUACAGGAUACCUAGAAGGUGUGAGAUAGAUCUUUAUCAGGAUGACAAUGUGGCAGCUUUUAGAAUCUUUCUGUCUAAUUUGGUAUUGCAAAAAGGCUCAUCUUAUUUUGGUCUGCAGUUUCUGUGAAGGAUCUGAAUUUUGUAUUUGAAAAGGAAGGCAUAACCCAUAAGUUCUGCAUGUGGAAGCAAAUGUAAGCCAGCUGAAACACCCUUUUCUUGAAUCCUUAUCUCAAAAAUUCAAUUUGAAAGAUAUAGGCAGAUAUAGGACCAUGAGGGAGCCCUCCUUGGACCACAGCUGAGCUGAGAGUUUGUGUAGUUUCUCCACGCUGGGGUUAAUUUCAAGAUGAGAAAGAAUUUUGAUAUCCCUAAAGGAAGCUGAAACACUAACAUCCCAAUCCUCAGGUCUAGGGGUGAUACAGCUUUGUGAAAAGAUGAGAGCAAUCUCUUGGUAAAGAAACAGAUGAUAAGAAAACAGCAACAAUCCAAUUCUAUACAGGUUGUCUCCUUUUCUCUUGAAAUACAAUAUCAAGAAAACGAAACUUGGAGGCGAAAAAAAGAAAAACCCUUUUUGAAACCUUAAAUAUAAAUCCUUUAUUGUAAUAUAAAUCUUUAUCCUUUCAAUGUGUGAUUGUAUGAGUCUUUGCUUUUCAUUGGGGUGUAUUUGCCUCUCAGGCUGAUUGAUGUCUGUCUUCUAUUUGCCCUGUGUUCUUAGCGCUCUUGUCGUAAUUCUUCUGUCCAUCUUUUCAUUGUUCUGUUUAGAAAAAGCAUAUUCUUAAAGUGCUUUAAAAAAGAUGGGAUAUAAUCAUACUGUGCACCUUUUAUAUAUAUAUAUUAAAAAAUAUAUAUAUAUAUGUAUUCUCCCAUAUGCAUUUAAACUGCUGUGGAGUGUUUGGGGUUUUUUUUCCAAAUAAGAUCUCGAAGUACGUAGUCCAGGUUUAAAAUUCAUGUGGUGCUUUUUUCACUUCUUCAGAACCAUAACUUCAAAGGGGUGAGCAUCACAGUGCAGUUUGUGCCAGAGCCUAGUGCAGCGCUGAAAUGGGCUGCACUGUGUGUUGUGUGAAAAACUUCGCUGGCAAAUUUUGUAUUCAAAAAAAUCUAUUUAAUUUGCUUUUAUUUAGCCAAUUGAGCUCUACUCUAAAUGGAACUCAGCAGCCGCUGCCUGUGUGCACACCAGCAGUUCAGCCCCAUCACAAAAUUAAAGUUAAAACUCAAAUACGUAAUUUCCAUAAUUCUAAAAUAUCAACUUUUUUGUUGCAAAUUACUGAUAUGUUAAAUUUUUAUGGGUGUUUAACCUAUUUCUUCAAACUCUUUCUCC